GGCGAGUGAUGCAAAAGCCGCAGUUUCUGGAAUCUUCCACGGGAGUGUAUAUGUAGCGGGACCGCCUCCUCCUCCCAGCCUCAGACACACAUUGACACAGGAGAGCGGCGCUCAGCACCGGACACAGCCCAGCCAGCCUGCCUUCCUCGCCCGCCCGCUCGCACUGUCGCCAUGUCGGUGGUCGGUUUCGACCUGGGCUACCAGAACUGUCACGUUGCCAUCGCCCGGGCCGGCGGCAUUGAGACCGUGGCCAAUGAAUUCAGUGACCGCUGCACCCCGGCUGUGGUAUCCUUUGGGACAAAAAACAGAACAAUCGGUGUUGCAGCUAAAAACCAGAUGGUGACCAACGCAAACAAUACUGUAUCAAGUUUCAAGAGGUUUCAUGGCCGUGCAUUUAAUGAAUCUUUUGUUCAGAGAGAGAAAAACAACUUGCCCUAUCAACUGGUCACAAUGAGGAAUGGUGGUGUUGGAGUUAAGGUGAUGUACAUGGAAAAUGAACACCUCUUCAGUGUGGAACAGAUAACCGCCAUGCUGCUCACAAAACUGAAAGAGACCGCUGAGAGCAAUCUUAAGAAACCUGUGACGGAUUGUGUCAUUUCUGUUCCGUCAUUCUUCACCGAUGCAGAGAGGAGAUCCGUACUGCAUGCUGCUCAGAUUGUUGGAUUGAACUGUUUGAAACUGAUGAAUGACAUGACUGCAGUUGCACUAAACUAUGGAAUUUAUAAGCAAGAUCUUCCAGGUCCUGAAGAGAAACCAAAAAUUGUGGUUUUUGUAGAUAUGGGUCAUGCUUCUUUCCAAGUCUCAGCCUGUGCCUUUAACAAAGGCAAACUAAAGGUUCUAGGAAGUGCUUCUGACCCAUACCUUGGAGGAAGAAGCUUUGAUGAAAGACUAGUGGAACAUUUCUGCAAAGAAUUUCAAACCAAAUAUAAGCUUAACGUGAAAUCAAAAAUAAGAGCCCUUCUGCGUCUUCACCAAGAAUGUGAAAAGCUGAAGAAACUAAUGAGCAGCAAUAGCACAGACCUUCCUCUUAACAUUGAAUGCUUUAUGAAUGAUAUAGAUGUAUCUGGACGCAUGAAUAGGUCUGAUUUUGAAAGCAUGUGCUCCGACCUCUUGCAAAGAAUAGAUGAUCCACUUGGGUCAUUGAUGGAACAGAUUCAGCUACAGGUUGAAGAUGUGAGUGCAGUGGAGAUCAUUGGAGGAGCUACCAGAAUUCCAGCUGUAAAAGAGAGAGUAGCCAAGUUCUUUGGGAAAGAUGUCAGCACAACGCUGAAUGCAGAUGAAGCUGUAGCAAGAGGAUGUGCUUUGCAGUGUGCAAUUCUGUCGCCAGCCUUUAAAGUACGAGAGUUCUCCGUUACUGAUGUGGUUCCUUAUGCUAUAUCUUUGCGUUGGAUUACUGCAGAAGAUGAGGCUGAAGGAGUACAUGAAGUCUUCUGUAAAAAUCACGCAGCUCCUUUUUCUAAAGUCCUAACUUUCUACAGAAAGAAUCCUUUCCAACUAGAUGCAUUUUAUUCUCAUCCCGACACAGUUCCUUAUCCAGAAGUGAAGAUUGGUCAAUUUAUUGUGCAGAAUAUUUCUCCCGCUAAAGAUGGGGAAAAGUCGAAAGUGAAGGUGAAAGUUCGAGUUAACACACAUGGGAUCUUUAGCGUGUCCACUGCCUCUGUGGUGGAGCGGAUAGAGGUAGAUGGGAGUGAAGAGCAGUCCGAUACUGACUUGGAAUCAAAAAACCAGGUUACUGCAAACACAGAAGCCGAAAAAUCUAUCCAGCAAGAAAACAGUGCCGCUGGAACACAGUCCCAGGUACAAACUGAUGAUUCACCCUCUCCUCCUCCACCCGAGCCUGCCAGUGAGGAACACAAAAUGGCCGACACUGAAAAAGUACCUGAAAAGAAAAGCGACCAGCCACCAGAGGCUAAGAAACCAAAGAUAAAGGUCAAGAAUAUUGAACUGCCUAUUGAGACAAAUUUAGUAUGGCAAUUGGGGAAGGACCUUCUUAAUAUGUACAUUGAGAAUGAGGGGAAAAUGAUACUCCAAGAUAAGCUGGAAAAAGAGAGGAACGAUGCUAAAAAUGCAGUAGAAGAAUAUGUCUAUGAAUUUAGAGAGAAACUCUCUGGACCAUAUGGGAGAUUCGUGUGUGAAAAGGAUUUAAGCCGAUUUCUAGCUCUUCUCACAGAAACCGAGGAUUGGUUGUAUGAAGAUGGGGAAGAUCAGUCCAAGUCAGUGUAUGUAGAAAAGCUUGAUGAACUCAAGAAACUCGGUGCUCCAAUUCAGAGAAGAUUUAAGGAGGCAGAACAGCGGCCAAAAACAUUUGAAGCACUAGGACAAAGACUUCAACAUUAUGCAAAAAUUGUAGAAGAAUACAGGAAUCAGAGUGAGACUUACCAGCACAUUAGCAGUCUCGAUAUGGAAAAAGUAGAAAAGUGUGUACGAGAAACCAUGGAUUGGAUGAGCAAUGCAAUGAAUGCUCAAUCUAAACAACCUCUGGAUCAGGACCCGGUUGUUCAUGUGGAUGAAAUCAAAGCAAAGAAUUCUCUAUUGGACAACACCUGCCAUGGAAUAGUUUCACAACCAAAACCAAAACCUGAAUCCCCAAAGGAGGAUAAACCAGUAAAUGGUAUAAAUCAAAAAGAGGACAAUCUCAAAAAGGACAAAGAAAAUACAGUCCCUCCUCAGCAAAACGGAGAUUGUUACACAAAUGAAAUGGAAUGUAAUUAAAGGACUAACUUUGUGAGAGUCUGUCAGGAUCUGUUCUUUUACCUGGAUCUCUAGUUGUGAAAAUUGUAAAUGAAGAUUUAUUCCAGAGUCUCUUGUUUCAAUAUUUCUGUAAGAUGUGACCAAACACUGUCUAAGGGACUAUUUAUUAUGACUUUUUUGACUUUACAUUUUUUUUUUUCCUUAAACGUGAGGUUUCUGUGUUUCCCUUGACUGUAUUACAUGGCACAUUGAUAGAUUAAUAUAUUUCCUUGAUAACAUAAAGAAAAAAAACAAAUUCCUGUGGAAUUAUGAUCUCAUAUCAAGCUGAGCUAACCUUUCAAAGCACAGAUGGCAUCUCAAAGUUCUGCUUUCUUAGAGGUCUGAGCUUUAUUUACUUGAGGAGCAGCAUAUUCAGCAAUUUUUAUUUAAUUUUUUUUGUAUACCCUAAAGUAAACCUCUAGGGAUUUAUUCACUAAAUGGUGCUCUGAAAACUAUAUAGCAAAGUUGGAGAAUGUUUGUUUUGUUUUUUGCUUAUGACUUGCAGGUUUGGUUUUAAGUUAACCACUUGAUCUGACUGGUGAGCAAGCAAAUCUAUAAAUGUUGGCAAGGUUCUACAUGGCGCGUGUUUUUUUUUU